GUCGAAGAGAGGAGGAUGGCAGCCCGAGCGCACAUCGCCAGCCUGUUGCUACUGGUCUUGCUGCAGUGGUCGUCGGUGGAUGGCCAGUGCGGCGGAGACUUCACGGAGCCCACGGGAAUCUUCUCAUCGCCCAAUUACCCCAGUAACUAUACCAACAAUGUCAACUGCUCGUAUACCAUCGAAGUGGCACCGGGGCACGGGAUUCGACUCUUGCUGGUCGAUUUCGUUCUUGAGAACUGCUGCACUUGCGACAAGGUCACCGUGUAUCAUCCUUCCACGGGGGUGACGGAUACCUUAUGCGAACCUGCGGAAAGCUUCGAGAUACUCGAGCAGUCCCCUUCCCUCCUGGUCACAUUCCGGACUGAUCACUCCGUCGUCUUCAGGGGAUUCCUCGCCGAGUACGAGUCCUUUCCCAUUCUGCCCGAAGAAUGCGGAGAAGCGUGGCUGGAGUUCAACGGAGCGUGUUAUAAAUUCAUAAACGAGCCGAGGACGGCGCUGGGGGCUCAGUUGGAGUGCGAGAGCCUUGGGGCGAACCUCACCAGCAUUCACGGAGACGACGAAAACCUUUUCAUCGGGGUACACGCUCCAUCGUCGCCGCUGUGGAUCGGGCUUCAAAGACAAGGCUCGGAUUGGGAAUGGACGGACGGCAGCCCCUUCGACUACGGAAAGUUCAACCCAAAUUUCCUGUCCCAAGACGGAUUCGCUUACAUGUGGAUGGACCAGUGGGGGAACGACGACUGCACGGAGGCGAAGGCCUUCGUCUGCCGCCUUCGCAGCACCGACUGCCCGACAUCCUCGUGGAUUCAGGAAGGCCCCGAUUGCUACCUCGUCGUCGACGUGCCCAUGUCGUUCGAUGCCGCUGUUCAAUUUUGCCAAGAUGCGAUCCGUCCGUCGACGCUUUUCACGCUGCCGGCUGACGUGGAUUACAACGACGUCGUCGCGUUUGUCUUCAACGGCCCGGAGAGACAGGAAAGCACGGAGUUCUGGAUCGGCUACGAAAGAGACGUCUCCUCGGACUGGAACUGGAUCGACGGUUCGUCGUCCGCCGAGGAAUUUUGGUUCCCUGGCUUUCCCGAUGCGAAUCUGGGGAGAUGCGCCUACGUCUUCCUCAAUGCCUGGGACGAUUUCCCCCCGAAUCACGCUUUUCCUUUCGCAUGCAAGAAAGGCCUUUCGAAAGAGAGGGAAUUGCGCCUAUGGCUUGGUUCAGCAUCUCAUUCGACGCCGCUGGAUUCUAAUCCAGCGAAUUUCUUCGGGUAUCAGUUCGGCAUCGUAUCAUACUCGUAUCAUAUGAUACGAAAAUACAAGCAGCAACUGGGCCUCAAGGAAUCCCUCUUUGCCAAGGAACGGAAAAAGCAUUCAAAGAACGGACCUGGUGCAGCGUUUCGUGAGGCUGUGCUUGGACCCAAGACGGCCAAGGACCAUUUGGAGCACUACAACUCACCUGCAGAGGAAGUGUGUCGGGGAAAAGAGGCAGCGCAGCCGCGACUCCUCGCGGUGGAAAACUCAACUGAAGAUUCGGAACGAGCACUUGGGUUGGCAAGAGGCAGCAUUCCUCUGGAAAAAAAAAAGAAGAAAAUACGUCAGGGAAAGACCAGGACGGCACAGCACGCUGAAGAGAUCCGCUCCGCUUCAUCAUGCGGGUAUACUACGCGUGGAAUUGAAACGUUCCUAUCCAGCGGGUCGGAUGGAGGAGAGGGGGCGGGGAGGGGCGGGGAGGGGAGAGACCCGCCACCUCCUGCGUGA